AUGGCUUCCUUAGAUGGUUUACCACCUUUACCUAAAAGUUUAAGUGGUUUAAAUUUAUUUCAAUUAAAUACUUCUUUACAAAGUUCAUCUUCACCUGUAUCAUUAGACCAUCUUUCAAGUUCUUUAGGGAGGGAAAGUAGUUUCAAUCAAAAUUUGUCAACAUCUUCAGAAAAUGGUAACUUUGGAUCAACCGUAGGAAAGUAUUAUUCUGGAAGUUCUGCUAGUAGUAAUGAAAAUAAUGUUGGAAGAGUUAAAAUAAGUCCAUCUUCAAGAGAGAAUACUCCUACUUUAAAUUUUAAACAAUUCUCUGAUAAAUCAUUAUUGUCAUCGACUGGAACUAAUAGCGUUUUAAAUUCUUCAAGAAAUACUCCUGUCGGGUCUUCCAGAGGAAGUCCAGUUACUAUGAGAGGCUCAACUCCUCCUUCAAGGAUAACUACUCCUAUUUUGGGCAUGAGAAAUUUGCCUCCUCCCCCUCCCCCUCCAACGAGGCAAAAAUUAAUUACCACAUCGAAUGGAUUAGAUUUUUCUUGUUCUGUACCUGCCAGACCUGGACGUUUAUUUAAUUUAGAUGCUCAAUUAGCUAUUUUAAGAAAAGAAAUGUUUGCUUUGAGGCAAAUGGAUUUGUCUCUUCUAAAUCAAUUAUGGGCUUUGAAUGAAGCUAUCCAAGACUUUAAGCAUUUACAAGAAGAAAAUGCUUCAUUAUUUCCUCCAUCUCCUGGAUCUUGUGAAGAUAGUGAUGAUUUUUACAGUCCACUAUCUCCUCAAAGCUAUAAAAAUAUGUCUAAUUUUCACUUGCGACCUGGUUCAACAAAGUUAAUAAAUAGCUCAUCUGAUUCGAGUAUUGAAUUUGGAGAUAUUUGA